AUGGCGAGUCCCGAUUUCGAGACCGAAAAGGGAGCGCAUAACGAUGACCUCUCCCAAGAUUUGAAACCACUGGACACCGAGAAAGCAGAGGAAAAUGCCAGACCAGUCGAGCCACUAGAUGCGCCCACGAGCGAGUACCCCCAUGGAACGCGCCUCGCCAUUAUUGUACUCUCUCUCAUGCUCAGCACCUUCUUGAUAGCCCUCGACAACACUAUUAUCGCCACCGCAAUCCCCAAAAUCACAGACGAGUUUCACGGCCUCGACAAGGUAGCAUGGUAUGGCUCCGCCUACUUUAUGACCUUCGGCGCUUUCCAAUCAACCUGGGGCAAAUUCUUCAAAUACUUCCCUCUUAAAACCUACUUCAUCGCCGCCAUGGUCAUCUUCGAAAUCGGCAGCCUGAUCUGCGCCGUGGCCCAGAACCCCACAACCCUAAUCGUCGGGCGCGCCAUCGCAGGCUUCGGCGGCGCGGGCAUUGCCACUGGCGCGUUCACGAUUAUCGGGUUUGCGGCCGAGCCGCAGAAGCGGCCGCAGUUGAUCGGCUACACGGGCGCGACAUAUGGGAUUGCUGCUGUGCUGGGCCCGCUGCUUGGUGGCGCGUUCUCGGAUAAGGUUAGCUGGCGGUGGUGCUUCUAUAUCAAUUUGCCGAUUGGGGGGUUGGCAGCCUUGAUGGUGCUGCUCUUCUUUCAUACCCCGAAGGACGCGAAGCCGGCGGAAGCUAGUUGGAGGGAGAAGCUGCUGCAGAUGGACCUCAUCGGCGCGGCGCUCGUUAUGGGCUUGAUAGUCUCAUACAUCCUGGCGCUCGAGUAUGGUGGGCAGACGAAGCCUUGGAAGAGCAGCGUUGUAAUCGGUCUGCUGGUUGGCUCCUUCGCGCUCACCGUUACCUGCGUCGUUUGGGAGAUCUUUCAGGGCGAGCGUGCCAUGAUAGUACCACGCUUGUUCAAACAACGCUCGGUGUGGGUCAGCUGCAUCUUCCAAUUCUUCUUUGCCGGCUCCUACUUCACCAUCCUCUACUACCUCCCGAUUUACUUCCAAAGCGUCUACAACGUCAGCCCUAUCGGGUCAGGCGUGCGCAACCUCCCCCUCAUCAUCACGCUCACCAUAGCGGCCACUCUCCAAGGCGUCGCGCUAUCCAAAGCCGGCUACGCCACUCCAUUCAUGGUCGUGGGCGCUGCAAUCGGAACGAUCAGCUCCGGCCUUUUCUACACGCUCGACGUCGACACCUCUGCUGGCAAAUGGAUCGGCUUCCAGAUCCUGUGCGGCUUUGCCGCAGGGGGAACGUUCCAAACCGCCAUCGCCGUCGUACAGGUCAACGCGAAACCUGAGGAUAUGUCGUCUGCCACGGCUAUAAUUUUCUUCUUCCAAAUGAUCGGCGGCUCGUUCUGCCUCUCAGCAGCGCAGUCGGCAUUCAACAACAGAAUGAUCUCCACCCUAGCCUCCACGGCUCCUGGAGUGAAUCCCGCGAUAGUCCUCGCGACCGGCGCCACGCAGAUUCGCUCGGCGUUCACGGCGGCUCAGGUGCCGGAUAUUGUCGCGGCGUACAUGGCGGGCCUCAAGGUCGUCUUCGCGAUUACGGUCGGGACGUUUGGAUUCGCUUGCCUGAUCGGCUUUUUCGGAAGCUGGAAAAGGCUCCAUGCCGAGGAUUUGAAGAAGGCUAGCGGUGCCGCCUAA